AGCAGCCAUCGUAGUCCCUAGCAAGUGUUCAAAAGCAAAACCACCUCCUCCUCCUUCCAUCAUAAAUGCCCCAGAACCUUCUCGCGGUGCUUGGCCUGGAGAAUCCCAGUCACCCAGUAUCCUCCCUUCCUUGCCAUGGCCAAACCACCUUCCCUUGCCAGAAGGAAGAGGGUGUGAUGUUUCUCCUCCAUGCCUCCAUCUCUCUUAGCUUCUUGCUACUCCUCAUCCACCUCUCUUCCUUCCUCCUCACCAAGCUCUUCACCUUUCUCCAUAAUAGAGCCAUCUCCAAACACCAAGGGGAUGUUCAGCUCAGUGCUUUUCAACAUGAGAACAAGACCGUGUCAACCUCGGACGGCUACUCCGAGAAGGAUGUCGCCGACGUGGUUUGCAGAGAAGAUCUACCGUUCUUCUACAGGGCAAGCGGCGUCAAGGAUUCCCUACUUACCGAGCAAGCAAAAGAUUCCAAUGAGCAGCAUUCCUUGGAAGGAGAGGAUAGCUCUGUCUCGGAAUCCCAGCACGGUUCUCUGUCAGAGAAUCUUGGCCAUGACAAGCUUGGAAUCGAGUACGGUGAUGAUCUGAUCACUGAAGUCCUAACACCUUCGGAUUGCUCCGGAGCCAGCCCAAUCAUAUCGGCGUCUGAAGAAGAUGUUGCUUGUGAAGAUGUUUGUCACGAAAUAGAAGCUCAUCGGACUCAUGAAGAGAAGAAUUUUUGGGAGGAUGAGACAUUCUCUGUGGUCAACAGCUCUCACUCAGAUAGCAGAAAUUUUCGGCUCGAGGAAAUCCAUCAUGGUAACGAAAAUUCUGGCGAGUCCACGUCCAAAAGCUCUAUUGAAUGGAGAAGCUCUGCAAUCCUCAGAGAUUCGGAGACAGAAUAUCCCUUCUCCUCUUCAUCCUGGAGGAGCUCUUCCAACUGGGAAUCGUAUGCACUCUUCCACAAGUAUGACGAGGAGAUGAUGUUCUUCGACCGAAUCAGUUCACGAAAGCUCAGAGAAUCAGAAUUACUGAGGUCCAUAAAGUACCAAUCAAGAUCAAUUUCCCGAAGGAUAGUUCGCAAAUUAUUCAUGAAAAGUAAAAACUCAUCGAUGAGAGAUAUGGAUCCAUACUUGGAAUUGGAGAGCGCUUAUGUGGCUCAGAUCUGUUUGACGUGGGAAGCUCUUAAUUGGAAUUACACCAACUUCGGUCCAGCGAAUUCCGAUCGAGACAUGGAAGAUUACUGCUUUCCUGCACGAAUUGCUCAGCAGUUCCAGCAGUUUGAGGUCUUGCUGCAACGAUUCAUAGAAAAUGAGCCUUAUGAGCAUGGUAGAAGGCCUGAAGUCUAUGCCCGGGUGAGGAGUUACUCUCCAAAGUUGCUCCAAGUUCCAGAAUUCAAAGAUUCGGAUCAGGCUGACGAAGGCAAAGAAGAUAUGAUUUCAUCUACUGAAUUUUUAAUUAUUUUGGAACAUGCGAUCCGGACCUUCAUGAAUUUUCUCAAGGCCGAUAAGGAAAGCUGCUGCCAAAUGUUGAGAUCACUCAUAAAGAACCAAUUAAGUUCGGUUGAUCCAACUCUUCUUCAUUUGCUCAAGAAAGCUAAUAAAAAGAAAAAGAUGAGGCUCAAAGAACUUGGGAGGCAGUGGAGAUGUCAGAAGAAAGGGAAGACAAAGGAGGAAGAGGGGAUGGAGAUUCUGAUGGGGCUAAUAGACAUGAAGGUUGUGUCAAGGGUUUUAAGGAUGCCUGACAUCAGCGAGGAGCAGCUGCAUUGGUGCCAUGAGAAGAUGAGCAAAGUGAGAGUUUGGAAUGGGAAAAUACAAAGAGACUCCUCCCCACUUUUUUUCCCCGUUAACUGACUCUUCCCUUGUAUAAUCUACUUUACCUUUUUAGGUUGCUUGAUGACUGGAUAAAGUACUUGGAUAUGAUAUGUACCAAAUAAAAAUUUCUUGGAUAUGAGGACAAGAAUUCCAACCUUCUCUGUAAAUAUAAAGCACCGUAAAGAUACGGAAAACUGAGAGGCAACAUCUAAACAUGGUUGCAUGUGAUGACAUGGAUUUCGAGGAUUUGGAAGCCAUGUCGGGUAUAAAAAGGUGAAACGUCUGUGAUUUCUUCAUGAACAUUGAAAGACAAAGCUAAGUGAAGAAAAGUGAAAGGCAUGAGAGUGGAAGGAGUAGAGAUAGAGACAAAGCGCAACUCCAGCAUUCUUUUGUCUUAUAAGGGAGAUUUGGUAAUGGUCCCUGAAAAUGGGUUUUGGAUCAAAAGAGUUGAAGGCAAAUGGCAA